GAUGGUCGAGAAGCGAGGGGGUUGGUCGGCAAAACUGCAUAUUACCGGCUUGUUCGACGCCAGAAGGUCUGCGAUCCAUCUCGAUGCACCCGCAGCAGUCCAGUAAGGCAGCGAAGCAGCUCCCAAAGGUCCCCACCUGAUGUUCAUCGCUGCAGGGCAUCCACGCAUCACCCCAUUGGCAUCCUGGAAGAGCUGCGUGAGCUGCUGCAGAGGUUCUCUUGGGCUGGUACGGGCACCAAGUGCAUCAGACUGCAGUAGCUCCGAGAAGCUCCCCGGUCCCUGCAAGAACCCAAGCGCCGCCGUCUUUCACCUCCAUCCCCCUCGGUGCCUUUCCUAACAGCCCGGAGCACCACCAGGGCACUAUAAACCAACUCAAACCCCAAGCUACUUGAUACAAGCUUCCCCGCCCCUCUCACUCAACAACAAGACACUGCUUGUGCCCUGUGUCAUCCAGUUACCAUUGUCCAACCAACAGCCCCAGCCUUGCCAGCCCACCAAGCCCAGCGCCAUUCUGCGGCAGACGCCUCCCCCUUCCCGUCUCCCCGUGAUCCUAUUCUCGACUUCUUUCCAAUUUCGGGAGAUUCCAACGUGCUUUGCCGUUGCCCAGCCGCGCUUCGAUUCCUGCGUUUCGCGACAUUCGGAUCCGACGUCACAUUUCUUGUUGCUUGCGGUUCCCCUAUAAGACAACUUCUGUGCCCGGCCGCCCUGAGCUGAGCUGACCCCAACCUCUCCCUUGGGUCUCGCGAGAACAUUCCUUACUAGCAUACAUUUCCGGGGUGGGUUUUUCGAACUAUAUUUCUUCCUCAAAUACCCGUUAUUCGUUAUUUCGUUUUUUUCCUUGAUUUUGUUGGGCCCAAUAAUCCACCGGCCAAACCGCAUCUGCAACCCGUUUCCCCUCCCCCGCAUCUUGGGUCUGACCUAUUUCUUCGACCAUUGCAUCAUCCAUCAACGAACCUCUCAGCUCUCUGCCUUGUGCUGACUUGAAACCGCCAAAGUUACUUUCAAAGCCAAACGACACCUCUCAGAUUUCCAAAAUGGCAGACGACGGACGCGAACCUCGCGAGGUCAGAAACCACCUCCUCUUCGAGAUUGCGACAGAAGUGGCGCAUCGUGUUGGUGGUAUCUACUCUGUGAUCAAGUCCAAGGCUCCAGUAACAACUGCUGAAUAUGGCGACCGUUACACGCUCAUCGGACCCCUUAAUCACCAGUCUGCGGCCGUCGAGGUCGAGGCGAUCGAACCCACCAACCCCGAGCUUGCUGCGACGAUUCAGUCCAUGAGGGAUCGUGGCAUUGGUAUUCUGUAUGGUCGCUGGCUGAUCGAGGGUGCGCCAAGAGUCCUUCUCUUUGACACGAAAACCGCAUAUCAUUAUCUGAACGAGUGGAAGACGGAUCUGUGGAACGUGGCCUCUAUCCCCUCCCCUGAUAAUGACGAGGAAACAAACGAGGCUGUUGUGUUUGGUUACCUUGUCGCAUGGUUCCUUGGAGAGUUUGUGUGCCACGAAAAGAAGAAGGCUGUCAUUGCCCACUUCCACGAGUGGCUCGCCGGUGUCGCCCUUCCUCUGUGCAAGAGGCGCCGUAUUGAUGUUACCACCAUCUUCACCACCCACGCUACGCUUCUCGGUCGGUACCUCUGCGCCGGCUCGGUCGAUUUCUACAACAACCUGCAAUACUUUGACGUCGACGCCGAGGCUGGCAAGCGCGGUAUCUACCAUCGGUACUGCAUCGAGCGGGCGUCGGCUCACUCCUGUGAUGUCUUCACCACCGUCUCGCACAUUACCGCGUACGAGAGCGAGCAUCUCUUGAAGCGCAAGCCCGACGGAGUGCUGCCCAAUGGUCUCAACGUCACCAAGUUCUCCGCCAUGCACGAGUUCCAGAACCUUCACCAACAAUCCAAGGAGAAGAUCCACGACUUUGUCCGCGGUCACUUCUAUGGUCAUUACGAUUUCGAUCCUGAAAACACUCUCUACUUCUUCACGGCUGGUCGCUACGAGUUCCGGAAUAAGGGUGUAGACAUGUUCAUCGAGUCCCUCGCUCGUCUGAACCACCGCCUCAAGAGCUCUGGCAGCAAGACCACCGUCGUUGCCUUUAUCAUCAUGCCCGCCCAGACCACCUCGCUGACUGUGGAGGCCCUCAAGGGCCAGGCCGUUAUCAAGUCGCUCAGAGACACCGUGGACACGAUUGAGCGCAACAUUGGCAGACGCAUUUUCGAACGCUCCCUCAAGUGGCACGACGGAGAGCCGAUGCCUGAUGACAAGGAGAUCCUCACCAGCCAGGACCGUGUCUUGCUUCGUCGCCGUCUCUUUGCCAUGAAGAGGCACGGACUUCCCCCUAUUGUCACGCACAACAUGGUCAACGACAGCGAGGAUCCUAUUUUGAAUCAGAUCCGUCGGGUACAGCUCUUCAACCACCCAUCGGACCGCGUCAAGAUCAUCUUCCACCCAGAGUUCCUGAACUCUGCGAACCCGGUGCUCCCGCUUGACUACGACGACUUUGUGCGUGGCACACACUUGGGUGUCUUUGCGUCGUACUACGAGCCAUGGGGCUACACGCCAGCCGAAUGCACCGUGAUGGGUGUGCCCAGCAUCACAACCAACCUUUCCGGUUUUGGCUGCUACAUGGAGGAGUUGAUUGAGAACUCGAGCGAUUAUGGUAUCUACAUCGUCGACCGCCGUAACAAGGGUGUGGACGACUCGGUCAACCAGCUUACCUCGAGCAUGUUUGACUUUACACAAAAGAGCCGUCGCCAGCGCAUCAACCAGCGCAACCGGACGGAGCGUCUGAGCGACCUCCUUGACUGGAAGCGUAUGGGCAUGGAAUAUGUCAAGGCUCGCCAGCUCGCCCUCAGACGGGCCUACCCAACCUCGUUCAAUGGUGACGAGGAGGAGGACUACAUUCCUGGCCCCGAGCAAAAGAUCUCGCGGCCAUUCUCGGUGCCUGGCUCGCCCAGAGACAGGACCGGCAUGAUGACUCCUGGCGACUUUGCCAGUCUCCAGGAGGGUCGGGAGGGACUCAGCACUGAGGACUACGUCGCGUGGAAGCUUCCUGAGGAAGAGGACCCCGAUGAGUACCCGUUCCCUCUCACCCUUCGAACCAAGCAACCCAGCGGAGCGGCGACGCCCCCUCACGUCAACGGCAACUAAGCAAAGCCGGUCUUUUUUCUUUGAGCGUGCCCGGUUAGUAUAAUUAGCAAGCAUUGAGUCUAGCAUAUUCAUCGGACGAAAAAUGAGUUUCUGAAAAAAUUGGUGUUGGGUGGGUGUAUGAGAAGGGAAACGGUUCAUGGAUUGAAUGGAUGGGAGGGGGGAGGCUUUUUUGAAAUUAUUGUAUGUACCUAGUUCAGCACAUUGUGUAGAUUGUAUGCGACAUGCAUAUUGAAAGUGAAAAAAAAAUUCGCUCCCAAAAGGAAAAAAGCUGUAUAUAUCCCAUCCCAACCCAACCCACCGUCGUUAUAUGCCAUUCAUGUAUCCCAUUAUCAACCCUUUUAUUGUCCCAGCCACGCCAUUGUAUCGUGUAUAUAUCACCUCCACAAAUCCAACCUCUCCCUCCUCCCCUCCCCGUCCCGCGUCCUCGGCCUAGGCCACUCUUCUUGUUGCUGUUCCUCCUCUUGUCUCCCCCUCGGCACAUUGGUGGGAACAGCCAAAAACCCGCCUCCCUCCCCCCUCCCACCAACAAGCACGCUCCUCCUUGCCCCGGCACCAGAGCUCCAACCGCCUGUGUCACCCAAGAUAUCAGCACCUAAGCCGUAACUGCUUACUGGUCUCUCCCCCUUGUUUUGUCUCCCACCGCCGCCACCGCCGCCGCCGAUGCGGACAAAAUUCCAGUUUAGCGCGUCGUCCUCUUCGGAUUUUGUAAAAACUUCCAGCUUUGCGGGGAGGUUGAGAAAGGCGUUGUGGGCGGUGGUGAGGCUGGCGAAGGGGUUGUUGCUGCUGAAGCGAUUGGUUUGUUGUUGGUUCUGACCAAAGGGGGAGAGGCUGGACAGGCUGCCUUGGGGGCGGUGGCCGGGGGAGAAGGGGUUGGAGUUGGGUAGUGAGGAGCCGGGUUGUAAGGGGGGGAGACCACCGAAAUUGGCGGGUCUUGAUGGGGAUGACGAAAAGGGUGUUAUGGAGGAGGAGCUGCCUGGUCGGGCGGGGGAGGAACUAAAGGAGGGUAAAGGGAGAGGCGGUAGGCCGAGGAGG